AUGAGGGAUUUGGUAGUGAAAGGCCCAAGAGUCCUUAACUGGCUGUGGUUCUUUGGAUUCCCUAACGAAGAGUCGCUUCUGCUGAAGGACUGCAAGUGCCGCUCCCGCCUCUUCCCCAGGACCUGGGACCUGAGGCAGCUGCAGGUGAGGGAGCGCCCUGUGGCUUUGGAGGCUGAGCUGGCCCUGACACUGAAGGUUCUGGAGGCCGCCGCUGACGCUGACUUGGUCCUGGUGGAUGUCUUGGACCAGCCCCUUCACACCCUGCACCACAUCCUCUCCCAGCUCCGGGCCUGUAUCCAGCCUCAGCCGACGGCAGGGCCCAGGCCCCAGGGCCGCCUCCACCACUGGCUGCACCGGCUCCAGGAGGCCCCAAAAAAGGAGUCCCCUGGCUGCCUCGAGGCCUCUGUCACCUUCAACCUCUUCCGCCUCCUCACGCGGGACCUGAAAUGUGUCGCCAGUGGGGACCUGUGUGUUUGACUCUCCCACCAGUCAUGCAAUCUGAGAUUUUAUUUAUAAAUUAACCGCUUGUCUUAAUUUAUUGCCACCCAAUCGCUAUUUAUGUAUUUGUGUGUGUAAACCCAAGUCACCUCCAGGCAAAUGUUUAUUUUUCUACUUUUUAUAACCCUUGUUGAAAUAAACAAUGAGGAAAAGACACCCAUGACGUGGGACUGUGUGUGUGUUGGUGUGUAUUUCCU